UGUAUCUUUGUAUCUUAUUCGACGUUCGGGCACUGCAUCGGCUCGUUGGACGUCGGCAGCCCAGAAAUGUCGACCGAGUUGAGCAGUGAGACUUCCGUGGCCCGCAUUUAGGUUUGUGCAUUCGAACGCGUUACAUCGUUACAUCGGUUACAUCCGAAAGUGCGCGUCGUGCUUCGAGAAGAACUGAGGAAGUAGGUUUACGGUGCCGGUGAGCAUGCUCCGCGUGCUUAAAAAAAAUUUUAAUAAAAAAUAAAUAAUAUUUCCCAAAAAUAUUUCACUUUUUCGCGCGAGUGUGUGUACCGGUCAGAGGCCACCCACCACCACCCCCUAACAGUCGCUCCUCCCCCUCGGCGAGCCUCGUGCGUGAGCGGUUCGAAAAGUGCAUCCGUGAGACUUGAGUGUGUGUGAAGCAGUUCAAUCCAAAAGAUACAUCUUUCGAAACGAGUUCUUCCCCACAAUGUCAAAGGAAAGAUGAUCACAAACAGCUGAUUCACAAACAGCCUUUGAAUAAUUAAGAAAUUGAAAGUCGAGAAGUCAGAAAGUCUGGAAGUAGAUCUGAUCAGAAACCUCCUCAGUGCUCUAGUGCUUUCUCGUUCAAUUAAUUAGCAUCCUAAUCGCUCAUUUAUCUGGCAGGCCAGCCCGAGUAAACAGAACUGGGACUCCGUCGAGUCGCAAAUUUAAAAACAUCCAAACAGGAGCAGGACAUCCAAACAGGAACGUUGAAUCAGAACCGGAAUUCGAGUCAGAAUCAGAAAGCAAGCCCAAAUCAGUCAUCACCAUGUUCGGGCAACUCAAUUUACUGGCCACUCUGUGUUUCAUCGCUACACUGAAAGAUAUCAGCGUGGCUGGCCUGAGACUGGCCGAGGUUCGCAUUCCGAAGUACGUGAUUAAGGGCUCCGCGGCGCAGCUGGAGUGCCUCUACGAUCUGGACGGCGAGGCCCUGUACUCCGUCAAAUGGUACAAGGAUGGCAACGAGUUCUACCGCUACGUGCCCCGGGACAUGCCGCCCGCCCAGACCUUUCUGCUGUCAGGUGUUAGUGUUGAUUUGCACAACUCGAGUGACGCGAUUGUUGCGCUCCGCAACGUCAAUCUCCAGUCGGCGGGACGCUACCGGUGCGAGGUUUCUGGCGAGGCACCCUCCUUCCAAACGGUCACCGAACAUGGCGACAUGGUUGUUGUGUCUCUACCGGAUCAAGGACCGCCAAAGAUCAGCGGAGGAAGACCACGCUACCAGAUCGGAGACUAUGUCCGCAUCAACUGCACUGCCGGACGGUCCAAGCCCGCUGUGGAGCUUUCCUGGUACGUGAACGGAGAGAUCGCGGAACCCCAGAAAGUGCGGAAAUACGACACUAUUGUCUCGGGACGGGAGGGUCUGGAGACCUCCGUGCUGGGCCUCCAGUUUCGGGUGGAACAGAAACACUUUCGUAAUGGCGACAUGAAGCUAAAGUGCGUGGCCUCGUUGUCGACCUUGUACUGGAGGAGCAACGAGGAGUCCGUGGAGGGCGACCGGCCGCAGAAGGCGCCCGUGCUCGAAUCGAGGGAGACCGUGUUUGCCAGCAACUCACGCGCCGACCCCGUCCAAGGUACGUCUUAUCGGGAACUGUUUGUGACCAAAAUCUUAUCGCUUUUCGUCCAUCCAAAUGCAGCCAGUUCCGCCUCUCCGCGCCCCUCCGGCCCGAUAUCCCUGGCCCUGGUACUGGUGGCACUGGCGGUGGCGGUGGUCACCGUGUCGGGGCCCGCCGGGGGACGACAACAGGACGACGAUACCAAAGACGGGAUGCCGGGAGGGGCAGUGGCACGGAUAGCGGAGGGAGGUGAUGUCCUGCCGCAGGCGAGUGAGUUGCUGGCUGGCCGGAAGGAGGAAAAUCAAAGGGCGAGCCGUGGAAAAUCCGCGACGCAGUCGGGAAAAAUCGCAGUGGCUCCGCGGUAGCUGCAUUAAGCCGCAGGCGGCGCUUUCCCUCCACAACAGACACACUUUUCACCGAUUUUCCGUCUUCGCUUCGCAUAGAGAAACAAGGAUACACAGAGAGUGAACCCAAAUGCUAAACAAAACAAGAAAGCCAACUAAAUUCAGAUCAUUUAUGCCCUUAACAAAAGCUUUUAUGAAUUUAAUUUGUAAAGAAUGGAAUCUAAUUAACAUUACUUAAAGUUUAAACUUUAAUGGAAGAAAACGAUGAAUGUUGAGAGGUGGACGUCGUCCACUGUGGAAAUGAGAUAUAAACAAAAUCUGUAAAUAGUUAAUUCUUAAUACAUAUAUUUAUGUAACUGUAUUGUAUGUUAUUAAUUUUUAAGCCACUCUCACACCAUACACACACACAGCAAUUAAAUAUCACACAAAGGUUGAGCAAAGUUUUGGAAGAACUCCAACUCCAAGAAGUUGGUGAAAUAAAUUACGAGUUUAACGGAAAGAAUAUAGAUAACCAUAACGAUAUACUUAGCUUCUAGAAUGUAACAUCUGUUCAGUGCGCAUAAGGAUUUAAUGUUUCGCCAACAAUAGCUCUUUAUUUACCUUUGCAUCACUUUCCAUUAAGGACUUAAGAGCAUUUGCCAGAAUCGACUAAUGUGCAUUUGAAAUGGAAUCAUUUGAAGAGCAUUUUCGUUCUUCUCUAGCACCGAUUGAAUAAUCCGAACUUGUAAUUAAUUAAAUCCGAUAAACGCUAUCUGUAGUUAAGAAUACACACGAAAUGCAAACCAAAAACGCACUUAGUUCUAAAUAAAAUAUGAAAAUAUAAAACCGAAUGAGAGAAAAUGAAAUCAAAGUUAGAAAUUUAAACUUGGUGACUGUUGGAAAAGUCUUAAAACUAACAAAAACAUAUCGUACAUUUAUAUGAAUUGCCAAAGUCUUAAUGGGUAUUAACUAAAAGCGAAUGUCCUGCAUAGGUGUCCGUGUCCUUCAAUACGUUUAAUUGUCCUGUGUACCCCGUACCCCGUACCCUGUGUAAACUAAUAACAUUCCGGGUUCAAUUGUAAACUGUUUAGUUAGCCAAAUGUUAGGAUCAAUAGCAAAGGUCAAGCGGCAAGAGCCAAUCUCGAAAAGUAAUGGAAAAAUGAAACAAAUUCAAACAAUAGCAAAAUGAUUGUGAUGAAGCCUUAAUACCACUGUUGAACUCAAUUCAAAAUUCAAUUGAAUUCGAAUUAAAUGAAAUCGAACAGAAUCAAAUCAACUGAAAAUCAACUGAUGAAACUGAAACUGAAAUCGUAUUGUGUAAAUAGGAGAAUCUUUGUCCAUGAACUCCAUACUGUUUUCCCCUCGAUGUCCAUAAACUCUGUGUGUAAAUACGAUUACGAGCUAACUAAAUUAGAGUUAAGAUGCCACAGCAUGUCGGCAGCAGAAAACAGAAAACAAAAACCGAAAACAAAAAAACUCCAUUAAAAAAUAUAUAAAAAAAGAGCGCCAAUUUUAAAAAGUAAGAUAAAAAUAUGAAUUAUAAAUUUGAAUAUCGAUGAGCGUAAUUCAAAUGCUAAUUGUGUGCAAUUGCGAGAGCAUGGCUGCGUGAGGGUGCGAGUGUGAAUGAGAAUUUAAGCCUAGAAUUAUAUAAUUAUACAUUAAAAAACCAACACACACACACACACAUACAUACAUAUAUAAAUCUGCAUUGUUGUCAACUGUAACUGUUUUUAAAGUCUUAUUUAAUAUCGAUGCCAUUAACUUUAAUUGACAAAAAAUAAUGGAAUAAACAAAUGAAAACAAAAAGCAGAAGUACUAAAAACUAUUAAUUGCAUAAACGUUAAUUCGAAAAACAAAACAUAAAUGUGUGGUAAUUGUAAGUGUAAAUUAUUUGUGUAUUUAAACAACAACUUUUAGCUGUAUAAAAAAAAAAACAAAUGAAAGGAAAUAAAACCAAGAAUGCAUUCGAAUCUAUACGAUUAAAUCUAUGUGAACGUAAACAAUUCAAACCUAACAAGCUGCAAAAUAUGCAAAUAAGAAUUAUUUACAACUCAACUCAAAUCAAAUGCCAUAAAGUAACUUCAACUGAAUUUAUCUGCCAUCGGGUUGCUCGACCGAGGAGGACAAGUCUCUGUAAAUAUCUUUAAGCCUCGUUCAGGGGGUCCCGCGAUCCUUAUUCGCCGGCCCCACCGAUCGAACCGAUUGAAGAAUUGUGAAUUAACGAGUGGAAGUUCAUUAAUAAACAUAUUUGUUUCAAAAUCGA